AGAAGGAAGACCCAUAAAGCGCAGGUUCCAGAACCUGCGAAAGGACGGAAUGCAAGUGAAACACAGACAGUUGUGAAGGAACCUCCAAAAACUCUCGAGCUUCCAGAGGAGAAUGAGGAACCACCGAUUUUAUCACAUGAGGAAGUAGCAAGUGGGACAACUGCAUCGGUGCCUUAUGUUAUCGUCCUUUUGGAAGAUGAUUUGAUCCUCAUCGAGCUGGCAAUAGUUGAUGGUUCUGUUACUUCCAGGAAAGUGACAGGAAAAUCAAUCGGAUAUGGAGGCUUGCGACUUCUGUGCCAGUCUUUGCAAUGUUGCUUCUCCCGCAAGGUUCAGGAGCAGCAAAGAAGUCGAUAUCCGAGACCACCUCCAGGUACGAACAGGGGCUGGCACAUUGGAACCCUUCAAAAAAGCAACCAAGGAUUACUGUCA